AUGAAGACUGUCAUCGCCUUCUCCGCCCUGUUCGCCGUCUCUUUGUGCCUGGUUCUGCCGCGUCACUUGCCGGCCCAGUUUCCAGUCGUGGAAAGUUCGCUCGGAUGCCAAAUGUGCGAACUUGCCGUGAAGACCUACGUUGGCUCUGCUGACAAGGACGUCACCUCCAUCAAGAAGGUACUUCGAAAGGAUUCAACAAAUCAUCUUCAACUUAUUCUGCCCUCAGACCUUUGACGCCGAAUGCAAGAAAAUGUUCCACACUAUUCCGUUCGGCACCACUGAAUGCGACCAUUUCGUCAACAACAAACUCGACCCCAUCAUCAAGGUUUAUCAGAGAAAAUCUUCACAAAACACCGAUUUUCCUGUAUUUAGGAGCUCGAAUCCGGAACCGCCCCCGCUGACGUCUGCAAGAAAGUUGGAGAAUGCUAA